AUGAAUUCAGUCUCGAAGAGUUUGUUGAGUGGAAUUGCAUUUGCGUCAAAUGCUUCAAGUUUGUGGACUGACCUGCAAGAGAGGUUUGACAGAGUUGAUAGAUCAAGAACUUAUAGCCUACACAAAGAAAUAGCUACCUUACAACAAAGAACAGCUUUUGUAUCAAUAUAUCAUACAAGGCUGAAAGCGUUGUGGGAUGAUUUUGAAGUGUUAGUGCCCUCACCUUGCUACAAUUGUGAGAAAUCCAGAGGUUUUGUAGCCCACAUGAAUAGACAAAAGAUGUAUCAAUUUCUAAUAGGACUGAAUGACACAUAUCAUCAAGCUAGGAGUCAAAUUCUCAUGAUAGAUCCCUUGCCUAUUAUCAAUCAAGCGUAUUCGAUAAUAGUAGAAGAUGAGAGUCAAAAGGCUGUGGUUACAGGAAUCAAUAAUUUGGGACUAUAUGCAUCAAAUUCUGAUUCAGUAGCUAUGUACUUGAGAGUUAGAAACAGUUCAGGUAUUAGCAAUAGGUUUAAGAAAAAUACAUCCUUAAUCUGUGAUUUUUGUAAGUGUAGGGGCCACACUAAAGAUUCCUUCUAUAAGGUGGUGGGGUAUGCCCCAGAUUUCAAGUCCAAAAGGAAGGUUCAGAGUGCAAACAUGGUCCAUGCAGACACUAAUAGCCUUACUAAUCAAUCUCAGCAGUCAGGACAGGCUAACUUCUCUUAUAGCUUGAACACAAAUGUGACUGAUGAAGCAUUGUGGGGCAGGAAUAGCACAGUACAUCAGACUACAAACAAACCACCAGCCACUACUUCUAACAAGACAGCUAAGAAAGAGGUCAAGCAACUACUUCAAGGUUGUACAUUCACAAAAGAUCAGUAUGAACAAUUUUUUAUGAUGAUGAAUCAACAGUCUGGUUCAAGAGCCAAUGCACCUGAUUGCAAUAAGGGAAAUAAUGUAGGUAAGGCCCUAUUUGUAACUGAAAAUAGUGAUGUGUGGAUUGUGGAUACAGGUGCAACAAACCAUAUGGUGUCUAAACUAGAGAUGCUACUAAAGGAGUCUGUACUUCAACUUAACACUCCUAAGGAUGUGUGUUUACCAAAUGGUGAGUUCAAGUAUAACUUGAUGUCUGUCAGCAAAAUAACCAAGGAAUUAGGCUGCUCAGUCUCCUUCUUCCCUGAUUUAUGUGUUUUCCAGGAACUCUACACUGGGAAGGUGAAGGAAGUUGACAAGAAAUCAGAUAUGGAGCUAUGGCAUAAAAGGCUAGGACAUGUAUCUUCAGCUGUACUGGCCAAGAUGUUCACUAUGAAUAAAUAUACUAAGAAUCAGUUUGGCAAGGUGGUCAAGGUCUUAAGGUCUGAUAAUGGUACUGAGUUUGUGAAUUCAGUAUGUGAUAGUAUGUUCAAAGCACUAGGGAUGUUCAUUUUAGAGAAGCCAUAUUUCCAUUUUGCCAAGAAUGAUAGCUCUACAACACAACAACUGUUUGUAGAUAACCUACAAGGUCUAGGUGAGACAGCUCCACAGCUUCAACUAUCCCCAUUCAUAAUCUCAGGUACUGCUCCAUUUGUAAUAUCAGAAGAGGCUACAUGUGGACAUCCAGAUGCUGGUGAGCAAGACUGUGUGUCUACACAAACACACACUGAUACAAGUGGUACUGAUGUGUCUGGUCCACCUAUUACUAGAAGAUCUGUCAGAUCUAAACAUCCUCCUAUAUGGAUGAAGGAUUUUGUCUCUCUGAAUGUUAAACAGGAUAUUCAAUAUCCACUAUCCAACUAUGUAAUCUACUCUCAUCUGUCACCUUCUCAUCAGUGCUUUAUUGCAGCUACAUCCUCUAUGAUAGAACCUACCAACUAUGCUGAAGCAGUCAAACACCCAAUAUGGGUUGAAGCUACAUAG